AUGACAUUAUUAAGCGUGAAAAAAUUCACAGCCUACAGGAAAAAAAAUGCUGGUGUUAAUUCACUCCCUAUAAGAGAAAAUGCAAAUAUUGCUAAUUUUGUUAGUUCAUUAUCUACUGAAGAAGAAGAAUCAACACUCGAGUCUUUUUUUGAAAUAAUUGAUCUAGAAAGUCGCGAUGUGGCAUUGAAAAGAAAGGAAUUGUCAGAAGAAUCUUUAUAUAGAUUUUAUGAAGCAGGACUUGUGGCUAGAAUAAUAGGAUUAGAACAAAAUGCUGAGAAAGCAAAAGAAAAUGAUGAGUGA